AUGUAUAUUUUGUUUUUAUUAGUGGGAACCCUUUCCCAAAGCACUUAGUAUUUAUGACUAAAAAUUAUUAGAGCUUUCUAGUUACAUAACAGUUGAUGAUGCCUUAUCUGAUUUGUUAAAAAAAUAGCCAAAAGGAUAUAAACCAUGGCAUCCGUCAUUGAAUGUGAGAUUACGUGUAUAAGAAGAAGAAAGAACUUAAGAAUUUUAUUCAUUUGUUUAAUAGCAAAUAAAAAUUAAAUAAAGAGGAAUCAAUACAUAACAUCCGAUGCAAUUUGUAUAGGUUUAGGGGCCAGAAUUUUUUGAGAAUUUGGUUUGCAAAUGUAGUUUUUCACCAGCAGAAGCAGUUUAAGAAGAAGAAGAAGGAGGUGAAGGAGGAGAUGAAGCAGAAGCAGGUGGAUCAUGUGAACCUGAAGGUAGUGGUGAAGGAGAAGAUGGAGAAGGAGAAGGAGGAGGAGAAGAAGUAGAAUUUAUUGUUAAAAAAACUAAAGCACAUGGAAAAGACUUUAGUUUUCUAUAAGUUGGAACUUAAAGUAAUUUAAAUUAAUAUAUUCCUUAACCUUAAUAAGUAGAUUAAUUAUCUUAAUAUGAUUAAAGGUUACAAGCUCAAGAAUAAUUAAUUAAACAAUUUAUGGAAAAACAAAACUAACUGACUUAAUAAAUAUCUAUGUUACAAUAAAGUUAAGGUGUAUUUGUUCCAUCACUCUUUCCAACUGUUGUAGAUCCUAAUUACUUAACUCCUUAAUAAUAAACAUAAAUGCUUUAUUUAUUAUAAAUGUAAUAAUAACAAUAAUAACAAUAAUAAUAAUAAUAAUAGCUAUUAUAAUAGUAAAUGUUAAAUCCAUUAUCAUUCCAAUCUAGUCCAACUAUAGUAAAGAAUGAAAACACUUAGGCCUAACAAUAAUUUUAAAUUCCAUUACAAUAACCCUUAGUGUAUACUCAAUCUGGGACGUAAAAUAUUUUAAAUCCAUAAUAAGUCUUACUCUAACAAUAAUUACUCUAAUAAUAGUAAAUUUAACAGCAAUAAAUUCCUUAAUAAUUAAAUUAAUAAUAAUUACUUUAGCAAUAAUAGUAGUUAUUAAAUUAAUAAUAGAUACCUUAAAUAUAAACAUAAUAAAUUGGAUAACCAUCUAUUCCUUAACAAAUACCUUAAUUUUAAUAGUAAUAAAUUCCUUAAAUUGUUACAUCAGGCUAAUAAUAGUAGUUUUAAGGUUUUUAAUAACAGCCAGUCUCAUAAUAGAUUACUUAAUAAGUUUAAUUUUAAAAUUUAUAACCAUAAUCUGCUUAUCAAUAGAUCCCUCAAUUAUAAAUUUAAUAAUAAUAAUAAUAAUAAAUACCUUAAUAAUAAUCAUAAAAUGGAUUUUUGUAAUAGCCACAAUAAUAAUAAAAUCUUCCCUAAUUUGAUUAAUUGGUAUUUUAAAAUGUUAAAUUUAGUUGGCUUAAUAAAUGGCCUAACCAUUGAUGUAACCUUAAUUCUUGUAAAAAUAACCACAAAUUAUUGGAGGAAGAUGA